AAUGCUUGUACUUUUAAUUUCGUUCAGGUGUGUGCUCUUUUUGUAGAAAGACCCUUAAUGCCAUUCAGUUGAACACAUCCGAUGAAAUCGACGAAAUAACAUUCAAAAUGCAAAAUAUUUCCUUGAAUGAAGAAUUUCCUGAMACCACUAUUCCCGCUGCUCAUAGCAACCCUGGUUUGUCCAAAUAUGAUACUGAUGAUGAUUUUGAGACAACAAAAGGAAGUAUUUUCUCUCCAAACGAAGAUCCUACCAAGCCGCUUGAUAAAAUGAAUGCCUUUUUACAGAGCAGAGAUAUCAGUCCAGUUAGAAGUCAAUUGAAAACACCCUGGGAAGRKGCGAGUAAGAGAACAAGAAGUAGAUAUGUACGCAAGUCAAGUCAAGCAAUUGCUGCAGUACUAGAAGAGGUGGCACCCAAUCAGUCUGGUCAGUUGUGGCGUUCUCUAGUUCAGUCCAAUUCGUUAAUACAAGAGUUGUACAGUGAUGACRAAUUCGAAGAAGAUGAUCAAGUGGAUAAUGUAUUCAUGGAAGCAUUGGCUGAGUGUUACUACAAUGCAAGCUGCUGGGAAACUAGGCGACAGAUCAUCGAUCAUGGCCGACAAAGUUAAGUUUCAAA